GGGAGAGAGAAGGGGGGGUUGUGCCUCGGCGCCGUUAUUGCUCCUCGCCCUCACUGCGACUCCAGGAGAUCCGGCUAUUCGUGAGCACAUCUAUUCGUGAGCACAUUUCGAAGGCAUGCUCUCCAUGGCCAGGGCGACCAAGAGCGGUCAGCCCCGUGGCGUUCAUCGGGCGCUGCGGGCGGGCCAGCGGGCCAACGCUCCCGAUCCCAGCCCGCUCUUCCACAAGACUAGGCUCUGCAAGUUUUUCGAGGUCGGCGCGUGUUCAAAGGGCGAGCACUGCCGAUUCGCCCACGGCUCCAGGGACCUCGCGCAGAACCCGGACUUCACGAAGACCCAGUACUGCCCGUCCGUCCUGGCGGGCGCUGUGUGCGAAACGGGCCGCGCGUGCACCUUCGCGCACAGCAAGGCGGAGCUCCGGCCCAGGGUCGACAGCGCCGGCCGCCACGGCGAGGCACCGCGCGGCACUCCAGCGGCGGCGGCGGCGGCGAUCGCCGUGCCGCAGGCGGGGGCGAAGAGUUCCGAGGCGCCCGCGGCCGUGCCCCCCGGGCCAGCGCCUCCCUGGCAGGACCCGCCGCCGAGCAGUCGGGCGCCCGAGUGGGGCGCGCAGGAGGCGCCCCCGGAGGCCGCCGCCAAGGGCUCCCCGGGCGCCCUCGGCGCGGUCCUGCGCUGCGGGGGGGAGCUGCUGCACGCCGCCGGCGGGCUGCUCGACGGCGAGGGCUCGGCACUGUCGCGCCAGACCACGGCAGAUGGUUGGGCCAGCUCCGCCGGCCCGCCUUCGAGGCAGACCACGGCGCAGGGGGGAGGCGGCCCUUCUGGUGGGGCGGGCGCGCCUCUCGACGAGAGCUGCGCUGCGUGGAGCAGGCGGACCAAGAGUCCUGAGCGCAGCCAGGCGCAGCAGCAGCAGUGGCGCCAGGGCCCAGGCGGUGUUGCGUGGAAGUCAGAGGAUGCCAGCGCAGGGGUGCCAUGGCCUCGGUUCGGCAGCGAGGCGGACGCCGAUCUGGCCGUGGAGAUCAGGAACACCUUCGUGACGCUGCCAGACGACGAGGAGUCCGCCAGGCCCCUUCGCCGGACCCAGUCGUUGCCCGCGCUGCUGCGAGACCGCUGAGGGCGCCGUGCGUGCGGACCAGUGGAGCGCGCCUGCAGGUCGCGGAGGGCGGGGGCAACAGCCCAGCCGAAUCUGCGGCACCUUGCAGAAUGGUCCAGCGGUCCGUAUUUUCAUCACUGUUGUGUCGUUGCCAUCGAUGUGCAUAUGAUACUUGCCUCCUUCCGCGGCACAUGAGCAGAGGGCACGCUGGAGUUCGCCGUCGAAGGUCGCCCAUCGGCAUGCCUCGAUUCGCUGAGAAUGUGUCGCUCGCUCCUGUACUCACGAGUCGGGGCCUGGCCCCACUUUGCACGGCAGGGCGGACCGUAAAGGAUGCGCCCUUGCUGCUGUGCCCGUGGAACGCUGCCGCUUACCCCCCCUCCCCUCCUCCGGC